GGUGCAGUAUCAGAGGUGUCACAGGUGGUGUUGCGUGGCACGUACCAUGGCAAGGAAACUAAUCAACGUGGCCCUGCUACUGGGAGCCCUCGUCUCUAUAUACUCCUUCUUCUGCCUAUAUCCUAGUUUGUCUUUCGAGAUGGCAAAUCUUCACUUCCAACCACUAGCAGUGCUUCGCGGGAUACCCUCUACUGACCCACUGUGCAGGAGGCCAGCAAACAACACUCCUGUCGACCGCCACACGCUCACCUCCGCCUGGCUUGUGAAAAGAUCUGAAAAAUACGGGAAGAAACUGAAAGAUACUCUUCACAAGAGAAUGGACAGACCCACUGAUGGUGAUAUAUUGAAGUUGGACUUAGCCGGACGCUUUUUCAAGAUAUGGGGCAAGGAUCGUCCAGGCAGUACUUGUUACAACUUUGUUACCAGGUUUGGGCGAGGUCUGCCGAGGGUGAACCUGGUGUCAUUUCCUCGCUCCGGAAACACCUGGACACGUUACCUGUUGGAGGCCGCCACAGGGGUCUUCUCCGGCUCCGUCUACAGUGACAGAACUCUUUAUAACAACGGUUUCUUGGGUGAGACGGACUCGGUUGGAAGCAAGAGGACUAUUAUACAGAAGACUCACGCCACUAGUGUUUAUCUUCAUUUCCCAGUCGACCAGGCAGAUCGCUACAAGUUGAUAGACCCUGGCCUGCCUGCAGUCCUUAUCCUGCGUAACCCUGCCGAGGCCAUCAUCUCCUACUGGAAGUUCAUUAAGUCACGAGGAAAGAAGAACAUGCACACAGCUCAGAUUCCUUUGACAAAAUUUAAUGAUCCACGUGAGUCAUUGUUAAUAUUACAGAAAAGUGGUUUGUUAAAUUAUGAAGUGUUUGUGCCUCAGUAUCCAUCUCUUAGCCAUGUUUUUAUGUUUCAUUGUGCACAUAAAAGUAUCCCAAGAAAGUCUUCGCUUACCACCAACACCCAGCACCUCCAUACUUCCAUUUUACUAAUGCUUUAA